AUGGAUCGUGGGAAAAGGCCGGACAAAUUUCUUGGUAUGCUGAACAGUAAGAUGUAUAUGGACCUCAGUGAUAUUAUAAGGGAACAUGCCCUUCCUUUCCUACCUGCAAAAUCACUUUUCAGGUUUCUGUGUGUUUGUAGAGGCUGGAAACUUAAGAUAUCGAAUCCAUUCUUUGUCCAUAAUCAGUCAAUUUGUUGUGGUUCGACCUUGGGUUUCUUUAGCCAAGUACCUGGAGAACUACCAUCGUUCGUCUCCGACGACCCAAAAGCUUGUGGUGUACCGGACCCCUCUUUGAGAUUUUUGCCUGAGCUAAUUGACAUUUUGUCAGCAUCCAAUGGACUGCUUUGCUGCCAAUCUCAAACUGGGAAUAAAGCCUACUACAUUUGCAAUCCUGUUACCCAGCAGUGGAAGAAACUUCCAAAACCAAAUGCUAAUCAUGGGUUACAUCCUUCAGUUGUGCUCAUAUUUGAACCAUCCCGGCUCAACUUUGAGGCUGAUUAUAAGCUUGUUUGUGCCUUUCCAUCUACUGACUUUGAUGAUGCGACUGAAUUUGAGAUAUACUCCUCCAAAGAAGGAUCCUGGAAAGUUUCAGGAGAGAUUUGUUUUACUAAAUAUACUGUGGAAACAAAAUCAGGGGUUCAUGUGGAUGGGGUUGUUUACUGGAAAUCAAGGGGUAUUCUAGCUUAUGAUCUGACAAAAGAUAGAUCACAAAUGCUCCGAAACUAUCAAUCAGGAAAUGGUGUUUUAGGAACGAUGAAUGGAAAACUUUGCUUAGCUUAUGCUAUUGGGCACUCUAUAAUGGUUCAAGUAUUGGCUAAUACCCACAGUAACACCAUGCAAAUGAGCACACGUGCCAGCAUGUGGGAAGAGAAACAAAGAGUAGUUCUUGACAAGAAAGUGAUUGGUGGGCUUGUAUCUGAACUGGAUGUGGUUGCUGCUGCCGGUAACAAGCUGUUGGUUCAGCAGGCCGGAAAACUAUAUGUUUAUGACUUGCUUACAAAAGAAACUAAAGCACUGGGCAUGCCAUCUACAGGUCGUUACACAAGAUGCAUACCUUACGUAAAUAGCCUUGUGUGCCUCUAA